AUGCACAGCGCAGGGGAGGGGGAGAGGAGUGGUGACCCCCUCUCGAAGGAUGAGGGCCCCCAAGGUAUAAACAGUUUGGAAGACCCCGUGGUCGAAAUGAACCCCCGCACGAGUGGUACCCCUCUUGAGGAGAAAGAAGAUGACGAAAAGGAGCACCUGAAAAGGGAAGCGGAGGAGGACGUGUCCUCGCUGCAUCCGAGCGAGAUGAUGGGCUUGUACUUCCCCGAAGCGGCGGAGGAGGAGUCCAGGGGGGGAAGCCCAGUUGGAGCUGCCAACGCCGUUGUUGAUGGAGGCGUCGAGGAGGAUGAGCCGGUGGACCGUGCCGCAGGUGAAGCCACCCCAGGUGAUGAGGCCUCUCCAGGUGACGAAGCCUCCCCUAAAGGCUACACCUCCCCGGAAGACUGCACCUCCCCGAAAGGCUACACCUCCCCGGAAGACUGCACCUCCCCGAAAGGCUACACCUCCCCGAAAGGCUACACCUCCCCAGAGGGCUACCCCCCCCCAGAGGGCUGUGCCACCGAAGAGAGCGCAGGCGACCCGCGGGCUAGGGGGCCAUCUCCCCUGCCCGUGAUGGAAGACGCAGGCAUGGACAAACAUGUAAGCGAAGAAAGGCACAGCCCGUGCACCCCGCCGAAUGACACGUCGGAAAAUAGUUAUGAACAUGUGCAGGUGAAUAUCCCCAACUUUGACCUGACGGAGGGGGAUAGCAACCCGCGCGAGGAGGUCAACGAGGGGAGGUCAGACAGGUGGGACAAAUCGGAAAAGUGGGACAAGCCGGAAAAGUGGGACAAGUCGGACGAUGGGAAGAUGCAGCUGAAGGUGCAGAACCUCCUGAAGCUCAUAGGGCUGCUCAAGGCGCAGAUAAACCAGAAGGACCACGAGAUAUACCAAAUGGAACUGGACUUCAAGCUGAAGAGUCAGCAGUGCGAGAGGGGCAGCGCGCGCCUGCACGAGCUGUUCGUGGAAAACGAGAGCUGCUCGGACAACACGGAGGGGGCCGCGUCCCUCGUCGCCGCAGCAGCAGCCACAGCAGCCACCACCGCCGCUGUAGCCGCCGCCGGCCCCGGUGCUGAGGCGCCAAGCGGGGGAGACUUCCUAAUGAGAAAGAUGAAGAACAUUCUAAUUUCGCAAAACGAAGAAAUCGUGACUCUAAACGAGGAGCUGAAGAAAAAAACGAAGGAGCUGUUUUACCUGAACGAGGAAAACAUGACGAAGAAUGAAAAGCUAGCUGAGCUGAAGAAGGAAAUAGAAAAAAAUUACCUUCACCUGAAGGCAUGCAAAAAUGUGAAGAACGAAAUGGAGGUAGACGCCAAUAACAAAGUGCACCGCGUGGAGAACUGCCUCAACGUAACGAACCAGAAGCUGCUCAAAAAUGACAUUUACAUAAAAGAAAAAAAACUUAAUAUAGAAAAACAAAAGAGAGUAAUCAAAGAAUUAUAUACCCAGCUGAACAAGAAGGAGGAGCAAAUCACAGAAUUGCGAAGCAUCAUUGAAAGCAUCGAGUUGAAUAACAACAGAGACAUCAUCAAAUACAAGCAGAGCAACACAGACCUCAUCAACCGACUCAGUCUAAAUAACUCCCUCAUGAAUAGCCAAAAAAUUGAAAUCGAAAAUAUGCAUAUGAAUUAUAAACAGCUGGAGGAGGAACUGAAACAUAAGGACAAUGAGCUGAAGAAGCUGCACGAGAAUCUGCUAGCCAAAGAUGAAGAGAAUAACAAAAUGGUGCACGAUAUUAAUAGACUCAAAUUUGAUAUGGAGAUAAAGAACAUCGAUGUGGUUAAUGUGAAGCAGAAAAUAAAACAUGUAAAGAAGGAGUGUGCCAUCCAUUUGAAGAAACAGAAGGAGCGCUUCACCAGCGUCAUUAACGAAAUUUACCGGGAGAAGGACGAGGCCAUUCAGGGCCACGUCGAGGAGUUCGCCAAGCUCUCCGCGCACUACAACGAGGCGCUCGCGGCCAACGAGACGAUCAAAAAUGAGCUGAACCUCCUCAAGGACGAAGUGCUGAAGAAGUCCUGCGAAGUGGAGAAGCUCCAGGACAGGCUACUCGACUACGAGUCCAAGCUGCUCAUCUACGAAAAUAACAACGAAAUUAAAAUUUUGAAGAAAAAUGAAGACCACUUGAGGAAGCUCCUCAGCAAACACAUCCACAGAAAUGAGAAGCUACUCAACACCACUCUCCUGUUGCAAAAAUCUACGCUAGAAAAUAACACCCUGGAAAAGAGGAUAAUCGAACUGAAGGCGAAGACGUAUAGGAAGGACCAGGAGAUAAAGAAGCUGCAGGAAAGUAACUGGAAAAAAAAAAACUCCAAUCGGAAUAGCAGCAUUUCGCACACGGAGGACGCUAUCGAGUUGAGCGACGAUUUGAAGGACCACCACCCCGCUGGGGGGCGGCGGAGAACGAGAGGGGCAAUGGCAGGGGCAGGCGCAACUGGCAGCCUCGUGCACUACAGCGAUGAGGACUGCCUCGAUGUGGAGAAUCACAUGCUAGAGUAUAACAAGAGGGCGGAAAAGAACAACGCCCUUGAUGCGAUGCUGCUAGCGGGGGAGAGCAACCUGUUGAUGGGCGUCAAAGACGACGCCGACUCGGCGGUGUCACUCCCCCUGGGCACGCCGCUCAAGCUCACCGCGACAAGCCCUGGAGCGGACGACCCAGUGUACGUGGCCCUCUGCGAGUUCAGCCACAGCGUCAAAGAAACCAAUAUCCCAUUUAGGAUAAAAAAAAUAAGCGGUAAUGUGUACCUCCUUAACGAUAAAGAUGUGGUCAUCAAAUUUAUAAAUGGAGAUCUGUACGUGGAGGAGGGGUCCCACUUGGUCAAGCUGAAUGACUUCCUACUGGCUAGUGGGCCCAGCUAA